AUGCUGCUCGCCAGCGAGCGCGCGUCCAUUUGCAAGCUUGACCGCGAUCAGCUGGCUAGCGCCCUCCGCCGUCUGGGCGAGGACGUCCCGCCCGCCGCCGACCGCGCCGCGCUGCUGUCGCGCCUCGCCGCCCGCCGCCUCGCCGAGCGCGCCCGGGUCGUGCGGCUGCCGCUGCGGCUGACGCUCGCGCACCGGCGGUCGACGCGGCGGUACCUGACAGUCCCCGUGGACGUCGGGGACAUCGGAUUCGUCGACUUUCUGCUAGAGGCGGGCUCCUACAACUGCACAAUCAGCCCAGACCUGCGGCAGCGGCUGGGCAUCGGGCCCAGCGACGGGUCGGCGGUGCGCGCGCUGGACAGCGGCGGGCCGACGCUGCGGCAGAGGGUGGAGCUGCCAGAGAUGUGGCUCGGCACGUUCAAGCUGCCUGCCCUGAGCGCGUGCGUCAGCGAGCUACCAGUGCCCCGCAAGGCGCGCCGCAUGCAGCCGCAGCCCCCGCAGCAGCAACAGCAGCAGCAGCAGCAGCAGCAGCAUCAGCAGGGCGAGGGCACGCGGCAGCAGCCGCCGCAGCUCCCGCAGGCGGGCCCGGGCGGCAUGCUGGGCGUGCGGGCGCUGCGGUGCUUUGACAUUGACUUUGACUGGGCCGGCAACCGCCUGGUUUUCCAUCCGGCCGGACACGCGGCUGCGGGGCUGCUGGACACCAAGGGGCUGCGGCGGGUGCCCUGCCAGUUUACAAAGACCGGCCUGGUCAUCCUGUCCGUCAGCAUCAACAGCAGCGCCCCGAUCCUCGGAAUCCUCGACCUCUCGGCCGGCGUCACGGUCCUCAACUGGGAGGCCGCCGAGCUGUUGGGCAUGCAGUGCCAGAUGGACGAGGAGCAAGCUUCCAGCGGCGUCGGCGGCGCUGGCGAAGGGAGCGACGGCGUUGGGGCUGGUAGCAGCAGUAGCGGCAGCAGCGAGGCAGCGGGGAAAGGCAAAGGCAGCGGCGGCGUCGGCGGGAGGGGGCCGGCCUAUGGGGCGGGCUACUUUGGCAGCGUGCGGAUACGGCUGGCGCCGACUGUGGAGCAGGGACUCAUCGGCGGCAGCGCUGGCAGCAGCGCUGCCGCUGCAGGGCGACAGCAGCAGCAGCAGCAGCAGCAGCAGCAGCAGCAGCAGCAGGCGCGCGGCGCGGGCGGCCCCGCCCAGCGACCGCCACCGCCGCGCGCCUCCGGAACCGGCGGUGGGGGCGGCGCGGCGCCGCUGGUGCAGGUGCACGAUGUGUACGAGCACGAGGUCGAUCUGGUGCUGGGCGCCGGCGCGCGCAGCGGCGGCGCGCGCGUGCCGCCGCCGCCCAAGCUGGCGGUUGCCCACCUGAAGGGCCUGGCGCAGCUGGGCCUCGGCGGGCGGCCAGCGGUGGUGGUGGGGGCCGACAUUUGGGGGCGGCGGCGGAUGGUGCUCUGCCUCAAGGCCGGGAUUAUGUAUUUGUGA